AUGUAUAAUCAUUAUCCUUAUUAUCAUUAUAUAGUCAGAAACACACAGGAAGCCUCACUUGAUUCCAAAUUACUUGUCCUGUCUGCAGAUAUCGGUGCCCAAAAGGCUCGUAAUAUGCGCCUUGAACAACAACUUUUCAAUCUGGAUGAAUUUGUGUCAAAGCUCAAAACCGUCGGACGUCCUGAAACAGCCACAAAUCGUGACAAUCAAGAAGAGUUGAAUUGGAAGGCAAUAGGAAUGCACGGAAUUAAAUUUGGAAAACGUGCUCACUCAAUUGAUUUUAUGCUUGGACCUUUGUCAGUAGAAAAGAAACAAAGAAAGAUAGCCCGUCAAGGAAGUUCCCAAAAGAAGAAGCAUGUCCUAGUAGAGCCAACUCAAUUAAAAGAGGAUGAUGUUGCACAAAAGGAAAACGAAACGUCAAAUAAUGUCAACCAAAUAUAUCGCUUACUGGACGAACAAGGGCCGACAAACUUCUUUGAAUUCAUUGUAAAUCCAGAAUCAUUUUCACAGUCUGUAGAGAACAUGUUUUAUGUCUCGUUCUUAAUCAGAAAUGCGGUAGCCGGAAUUGAUGAUUCCAGUGGACAGCCCAUCUUGAGUAAGAGUAGUUAA